GAGACCUUUCUUCUUUUUUUCUUCUUUUAAAACACGAACCCUUCUGCUGUUCCUUUGAACGGGGUUCAGCGAGGAGCGGAGUUCUGCCGGGACCCCGCACGGGGAGCUUGGCAAAGCCACUGGGCAAAAUGAAUCGACUCAUGUGCUUUCUCUUCUGCGUCUUUGUUUCUGGAACACAGGGCUUCGAGAUCCCCACCAGUGGACUUCCAGAAUUUGCAGAAUACGAAGAUCUUGUGGAACUGGCCCCAGGCAAGUUUCAGUUUGUGCCAGAGAACCGGAGGCAUCAGAGAAGUGUUUCCGGAGAAUCGGGAGAAACGCUGGAAGAGGCUGAUCAAGUGACUCUUUAUAGCUAUAAAGUGCAGUCCACUAUUACUUCUCGUAUGGCCAGCACCGUCAUCCAGACCAAAGUGGUGAACAACUCCCCAGAGCCUCAGAAUGCGGUGUUUGACGUUCAGAUUCCCAAAGGAGCCUUCAUCUCCAACUUUUCCAUGACUGUGGAUGGCACGACAUUCACUAGUUCCAUUAAGGAGAAGACUGUGGGUCGCGCGCUCUACGCCCAGGCCAGAGCCAAAGGCAAGACGGCCGGGCUGGUGAGGAGCAGGGCUCUGGAUAUGGAAAACUUCAAAACCGAAGUAAACGUCCCCCCUGGAGCGAAGGUGCAAUUUGAACUUCACUACCAGGAAGUGAAGUGGAGGAGGCUGGGAUCCUACGAACACAGGCUCCACCUGCAGCCGGGGCGGCUGGCCAGACACUUGGAGGUAGAUGUGUGGGUUAUUGAACCUCAGGGAAUAAAAUUUCUCCAUGUUCCUGACACGUUUGAUGGCCAUUUUGAUGGUGUUCCAGUCAUAUCUAAAGGACGCCAGAAGGCACAUGUGUCCUUCAAGCCCUCUGUGGCACAGCAAAGAAAAUGCCCCAGCUGCCCUGAGACUGCGGUGGACGGAGAGCUGGUGGUGAUGUAUGACGUAAACAGAGAAGAGAAAGCCGGGGAACUCGAGGUAUUUAAUGGAUAUUUUGUCCACUUCUUUGCUCCGGAAAACCUGGACCCAAUUCCCAAAAACAUCCUCUUUGUCAUUGAUGUCAGUGGCUCUAUGUGGGGAAUAAAAAUGAAACAAACAGUGGAAGCAAUGAAGACCAUAUUGGAUGACCUUAGAGCUGAAGACCAGUUCUCUGUGGUCGACUUCAACCACAAUGUUCGGACCUGGAGAAAUGAUUUAGUCUCAGCUACUAAAACACAGAUUGCAGAUGCCAAGAAGUACAUUGAGAAAAUCCAGCCCACUGGAGGCACCAAUAUCAACGAAGCCCUCCUGCGCGCCAUCUUUAUUUUGAACGAAGCCAAUAAUUUGGGAAUGCUGGACCCCGAGUCAGUCUCUCUCAUCAUUUUGGUUUCUGACGGCGACCCCACAGUAGGUGAACUAAAAUUGUCAAAAAUUCAGAAAAACGUGAAGCAGAACAUACGAGACAACAUCUCCCUGUUCAGCUUGGGGAUAGGAUUUGACGUGGAUUACGACUUUUUGAAGAGACUGUCCAAUGAAAACCGUGGCAUGGCUCAGAGGAUUUAUGGAAAUCAGGACACAUCCUCCCAACUCAAAAAAUUCUACAACCAGGUCUCUACUCCAUUGCUCCGGAAUGUUCAGUUCAACUAUCCCCACUUGUCAGUCUCGGAUGUCACUCAGAACAGUUUCCACAACUAUUUUGGAGGCUCUGAGAUCGUGGUGGCAGGAAAAUACAACCCUGACAAAUUGGAACAAUUACAGAGCAUCAUCACGGCCACCUCGGCCAACACGGAGUUAGUCUUGGAAACUCUGGCCCAAAUGGACGACUUGGAGGAUUUUCUAUCAAAAGACAAGCAUGCAGAUCCUGAUUUCACCAGGAAAUUGUGGGCCUAUCUGACAAUCAACCAACUUCUAGCUGAGCGAAGCCUGGCUCCUACAGCAGCUGCCAAAAGGAAAAUUACAAAAACAAUCCUGCAGAUGUCUCUGGAACAUCACAUCGUGACCCCGCUCACCGCGAUGGUGAUCGAGAACGAGGCCGGGGACGAGCGCAUGCUGGCAGACUCGCCCCCCCAAGACCAUUCCUGCUGCUCAGGUGCCCUGUACUAUGGCAGCAAGGUUGGUCCGAGUUCAGUCCCAUCUUGGGUCAACCCUUCCCCGACACCGAUGAUCCCGAUGCCUGUGCUGGGAGCUCAGGUGCUCGAGGCAACUCCUCCCCCACAUGUGAUGAGAGUUGAAAAUGACCCACACUUCAUCAUUUACCUGCCAAAAAAUGAAAAGAAUAUUUGUUUCAAUAUUGACUCAGAACCUGGAAAGAUUCUCAACCUUGUUUCUGAUCCAGAAUCAGGGAUUUUGGUCAAUGGACAGCUCAUUGGUGCCAAGAAACCAAAGAACGAAAAACUCAGCACCUAUUUUGGAACACUGGGAUUUUAUUUCCAAAGCGAAGACAUGAAAAUAGAAAUCAGCACCAAGACCAUCACCCUGAGCCAGCGCUCUCGGGUGUCUGUCCUUUCCUGGGCUGACACCGCUCGCGUCAUUAACCCGAGGGUGCUUGUCUCUGUGAAGAAAGAGCAAACUGUGACCAUCACCGUGGAUAAAGACAUGUCCUUCUCUGUUUUACUCCAUCGCGUUUGGAAGAAGCAUCCGGUGAAUGUAGACUUUUUGGGGAUCUACAUUCCCCCCACAAACAAGUUUUCACCUAAAGUGCAUGGACUGAUAGGUCAGUUCAUGCACGAGCCAAAAGUCCGUAUCUUUGAUGAACGACCGGGAAAGGUCCCUGAGAAGCCAGAGGCAAGCAUGGAAGUGAAGGGACACACGUUGACUGUCACCAGGGGUCUGCAGAAAGACUACCGAACAGACAGAGUGUUUGGAACAGAGGUCUCCUGUUGGUUUGUGCACAACAGUGGAAAAGGUUUCAUCGAUGGGCAUUACAAGGAUUACUUUGUGCCUCAGCUUUAUAGCUUUCUCAAGAGGCCUUAAAGAUGGAUGGCUUUGGAAAUUUUCUGCAGGUCACGCUUUUCCCUGAAGUCAUUCUUCAGUCUGAGUAAUUAAAACACUAGCCAGAGGUCACGGUGGUUUAUAGAACCUGUUAAUACAUCUGAAGAAAAAUAAACACUUUGGAUUUAGGAUUUUGUUGAGUUGUCCCAUACUAGGAGGUGUCCAUCAAGGUCAUGCAAAGGAAAGCGGCUUACCCAGGGAAAGCCGGUGUUUUUGUCUGAAGGCCAUUAGGCAGGAAGAAUCAGCUCCACAGGCAGCUGGAGUAUUCUUGCUCAAGGGGGGAAGGUCAUCCUCUCUGCUCUGCUGACCUUCAACUGAUUGGAUGCGGCCCACUUAGGGCAGGCCCUCUGUUCCACCCAGUCUAUGAUUUAAAUGUAGAUGUUAUCCAAAAACACCUUCAUAGAAACACCUAACUAAUGUUUGACUCACUCUGUAGGUACCCCAUGGCCCAGCCAAGGUGACACAUAAAAUACACUGUCACAAUGCCUUAGUUCACCAACCUCUUUCUGUUCUCAAAGCCAUUCUCCCAAUAAGAUACUGUACAAACAUGUGGGUGUCUGCUUAUUAAAUUAUAAUCUCUCCUAACUGGUCUUCCUCCCUGAUGACAUUGUGCCAGGAUCACCUCAGGGAUGGUGUUGGUCCCAAAUUCUUCACAUAUUUAAUAUUGCUCUGGACAUUACCUCACAUGGCUAAUUACACACAAUAUUGACAUUAUUAUGAAUUCGGAGACAAUCACAGUUCCAAAUUUUCUGGAAGCCACACAUUUCACACAGAUUUAAUGAUCUUGAACACAGAGGCUCCCUGAGUAUCCCUUGUAGACUUUUUGUCUGUAUUUAAGCAAUUCUUGAGAGUGAUGCCACUUACAUUAUUAAACCUUGGAUGAUUAGACUUUAUUUCAAAAUAAAUUUGACUAGCAAGUUCUGUCUUAAUGAAAGGCUAACAACAUUUGUAAGGCAGAAUACCUAAACCACCAACUGGAUGACUUCAUUAGGUCUGCAUUAAUCUAGUGGAUCUUGGUGAGAUGGUGCAAAUCUGAUUCAUUUUUAAGUCUGUACUUUCCUUUGUUUCUAACUGCCCUUUAAAAUUCGAUUCCUAAGAUUGGAAUAUAUUCCCAAAGGCCAAACUGGUAAAAUCACACUUAAAAAAAUGUUUAAAAGUACACCUUUAUGAAGCGUUCCCUCCAUAAUUUAGUAAAGGUCAUUUUUAGUUUAGAAAGUACACAGAACUCCCUUUUUGGACACACCCAACAUGUAUUUGAAGAAUCAAGUAAUUGUCUUUUGACCUACUUGUAAAAUAUUAAAGAAAUGUGAUCUUUCUAGCAUCCAGAGGUGACCCCAGUGCUGAAGAGGUGAAUGGUAUUGCUUUUCAGCUUCAUCUGUGGUACAUUAAAAAAGUCUACGACAUCUUUCCCAUUUUCUAUUUCAAACAUACUGAUCUUAAAAUGCUCAUAUUUAUCCCAAACUUUAAAAGUGGGUUCUUAUAAUUAAUUCUGUUACUUGGUAAAAAUUUAGACCUUAAGACUUUUAUACCUUUAGAUGUAUAAGUUUAGGUUGAUUCCUAGUAUUUUAUAUGUACUCUGUAGUUUUAUCUACAGAUUAAAACUUGGGCUGUGCAUUUAUACGUAGGAUACUGAACAAGGAUUCUAUCAAAUAAACUAGAGUUAAAGUCAAAUCCAUGUUACUCAAAUUAUCAAAACCUUUAUUAAUAGCUGGUGUGUUGAACAAUAAAAUUAAACUUGUACUCAUACUGUCCACGGGUCCCCACUGAGACCUGUAAUAUGCCUUCUCUAUAUAAUUAGAGUUAUGAAUGAAUACUCAGUUUUGAAUUUCAAAUGAAAGGAAGAAACUCUUCCACUGUCUACCUCUUGAUUGGUUUCUGAAAGUAUUAUGCUUUCAGCAAUAAAGGAAAAAACCUGACAAGUCCCUGUA